AUGGCUACCCCUAGUGUCCUCGCGUUUGACGCUGAGGGUCGAGCCAUUGACUUUGAGGUCUGGGUCGACGACCUGCAGCUGUUCUUACAGUGCGAUAGGGCAGACGGUCUCUCUCUCUUUGACCUCACCUCUGACGCCUCUCCUGCCCCUGCUGCUGAUGCUGACCCCACUGUUCGCUCCCAAUGGGCCACGCGCGAUGCUGUUGCACGUCUUGCUGUGCGUCGCCACCUGCCUACCACUGAGCGCGCGCACUUUAGUCAGUACAAGAGUGCUCACACCUUGUACGACGCUGUAGUUGCGCGCUACUCUUCCCCUGCCACUGCUGCACUGAGUCGCCUCAUGCUAUCGUACCUCUUUCCUGACCUUGCUGCCUUUCCCACAGUCGCUGACCUCAUUACGCACCUCCGCACUAGUGACACUAGAUACCGCGCCGCGCUGCCUGCUGAGUUCUGCUCCAAGAACCCCCCCCCCAUGUACAUCACUCUCUACUAUAUAGUAACCCGCCUUCCUGACUCCCUUCGUGUAGUCAGGGACCACUUCCUCUCAGUCUGUCCCACCACUCUCACUGUUGACCUCUUAGAGAAGGCCCUCCUAGCAGCGGAGAAGACCAUAGUCGCUGUAGGAGCCUCUCGUGGUGACCCUCGCACCCCCAUCUUUGAGGGUCGGUCGGUGCGGCGUCUGCCCCUAGUGGGAGACGCCGCUCUGGCAAGGGCAAGGGGGGCAAGGGCGCGGGUGGAGCUAGCGGGGGUGGUGGAGGUGGCGGUGGAGGCGGCGGAGGGAGUGGGGGUGGCGGUGGGAGUGGUGGCGGGGGUGGAGGUGUCGAUGGCAGCAGUGGAGGCGGAGGCGGCGGAGGCGGCGGCGGUGCUAGCGGAGGCGGCGGUGGUGGCGGAGGUGGAGGAGGCGGUGGUGGAGGAGGUGGCGGUGGUCGGGGUGGCGCUUUGUAGCGGAGCAGCCCUGGUGGUGGUCAGCGCCAGCAGAAGCAGCAGCAGCAGCAGGGCUCUCGGGACAUUCCCCCCCCCUCAGCAGCUCCGUGAGUGGUACGCGCACCGUCUGCGUGGUGGGGGUUUUGGUCCGUGCACCUACGUCCUUCGCUCCGGCGACCGCGCGGGUGAGCAGUGUGGGGGUGCCCACCCCACCCAGCGCUGCUUUGGCCGCCUAACGAACGCUUGGCGUCAGCAGUUCCCGGAGGCCAGUGAGAUCCCCCGCUGGGGAGAGCUUUCUAGGGCAGGCGUAGCUAUCUAUGAUCUUGACUUUGAUGCUAUCCUUGCUGCCAUGAAUGCUGUGACUAUUAGUGAUGAGGGUGACUGUUACCGGUGCUUUCCGCCCGACCCGGGCAUUGGUACUGCUGCUCUUGGUGCUGGUGAGGCGGCUCCUCUAGGUGCCAGUGCGUCUGCGCCCUCAGGUGCUGGUGAGUCUGCGCUCUCAGACCGCACCACACUCACGCCGCUUGGUUGGCCGGUUGCAGUCUCCCUGGCAAACCUCUCUGGGGGUCCUGUCCUCUCUCACUUCUCCACUGUCCUCCCGUGUCCGGCUGCCCCCUCUGGCACCUUGUGUGGUCUUUACCUCCCCUCGUUCUCUACAAACUUGGUGAGUGGUGCUGACCUGCAGGAUGCGGGGGUUCAUCAGUUUGCUCCUGUGAGGCCUAGUCCUUCCUGUGUUCCCUGUGUCGAGGGGCGGCUCCGAGCUGCCCCUCACUCCUCUCAGUUUCCCCCGACAGAGGCCCCGCUGCAGACGCUUCACAUGGACGUGUGGGGCCCGGCUCGCGUCCGUGGACAGGGUCACGAGCGCUACUUCCUGCUGGUGGUUGACGACUACUCGCGUUACACCUCAGUCUUCCCCUUGUGCAGCAAGGGUGAUGUCACUGAGGUGUUGAUCGACUGGAUCCGCGCAGCUCGUCUCCAGCUCAGGAGGAGCUUCGGCUCGGACUUUCCUGUUCUGCGUCUGCACUCUGACCGAGGCGGAGAGUUCUCCUCUGGUCUUCUGCGAGCCUACUGUCGUCCGCAAGGCAUCCGCCAGACCUUUACGCUUCCGGACUCUCCACAGCAAAAUGGGAUUGCUGAGCGCCGCAUUGGCAUGGUCAUGGACGUCGCUCGUACGUCCAUGAUGCAUGCGGCUGCCCCCCAUUUUCUGUGGCCGUUUGCGGUUCGGUACGCGGCGCAUCAGAUCAACCUUCACCCCAGGGUCUCCAUGCCAGAGACCUCCCCAGCUCUGCUAUGGAUGGGGAAGGUAGGCGAUGCGUCUGCGUUCCGUGUCUGGGGAUCUCGCGCGUUUGUUCGCGACUUGUCUGCGGACAAGCUGUCCCCUCGUGCUGCUCCUUGUGUCUUCCUUGGCUUCCCCCCUGACUCACCAGGGUGGCAGUUCUACCACCCCUCCUCUCGUCGUGUUCUGUCCUCCCAGGACGUCACGUUUGAUGAGUCGGUCCCCUACUACGUCUCUUCCCCUACCGCACUCCUUCCCUCCCCCCGCCGCCGCACUUCCUUGUGCCAGGUAGACGCAGUCAAGCCGGUCGAGGUUGCUGGUGACUGUGGUACUGCUGCGGGUGCUGAGCCUGGGGGUGCUAACUCUGGGGGUGCUGCGCGAGUGGGUGCUGAGCCUGGGGGUACUGAGCCUGGGGGUGCUACGACUGGGGGUGCUAAGCCUUGGGGUCCUUUGCCUGGGGUUGCUGCGUCUGGAGCUGCUGAGCCUGGGGGUACUGUGUUUGGAGCUGCUGAGCCUGGGGGUGCGGAGCCCGCGGCCGCUGGACCUGCUCGUGUGGCGUCUGGCGGUUCUGGGCCUGGUGGUUCUCCGGUCGUACAGCUUGAGCUGGUGCUUCUUCGGCUGCUGAGGGUGCUGGUGCCGCCGGUCUCGGAGGUGCUAGCCCUGGGAGUGCUGGAGUUGCUGCGCCUGCGAGUGCGACUAGAGUCAGAGCUGCUGAGUGUGUUGGCGCUGAGACUACUGCUGUCUGUCCUAGCGGCGGUCCUGCUGCGGGUGCUGCUGGUGCUGCUGGAGGUACUCGAGCUGGAGCGUCGUGAGCCUGCGUCUUGUCCUGCCUCACCUGUUCGUGCUGCUCGCGCUAGUGGUCGCGGUUCGCGUCAUCGUCCUCCUCUUGUCCCUGGCACGCACCGGAUGUCUCUGUGUCCGUCCAUUGCUCCUCUGCGUGCCCCUUUGCCUUCUCCUCCUGAGUCCUCUCUUCCUGCCCUUGCCGACCCGGAGUGGGACUCUCUUCGUGCUGCCAGUCCUACUGUCACGCGUCUGCUUGCUACUGUCGUCACCGACCCCUCUUUUGAGUCCACUGCUGCGUCUGCUCUUGUUGCUCAGCUCGUCGACUUUGCUGCUCGCUGUUGUCUAGACUACGCUGCUAGUCUCGUUGCUGAGUCUGCGUCUCUCUGUCCUCCGUCCGUCGGGGGUGAGUGUGCUCUUGGCACGGACGUCCUUGAGGACAGGCAGGAGGAGUUCCACUAUAUGGCAGCUGCUUCACCUCAUCUCGUGUCCGUACUGCUUACCCCUGAGGGAGACCCGGAUGCACUUGACAUCCCGACUCCGCGCUCUUACACGGAGGCCGUAGAGGUUCCCUACUCCUCUCAGUGGCAGGCAGCUAUGGAUGCAGAGAUGGCUUCCUGGAAGUCCACAGGCACCUACGUUGACGCGGUUCCCCCACCUGGGGCGAACAUCGUCAGUGGCAUGUGGAUCUUCAGUGUGAAGCGGCCGCCGGGCUCUUCGCCUGUCUUCAAGGCGCGGUACGUGGCUCGUGGCUUCAGUCAGCCGCAGGGAGUUGACUACUUUCAGACCUUCUCUCCCACCCCGAAGAUGACCACUCUUCGGGUGCUGCUACACAUAGCCGCUCAGCGUGACUACAAGCUUCACUCCCUUGAUUUCAGCACUGCUUUUCUGCAGGGUAGCCUUCACGAGGAGAUCUGGCUGCGCCGUCCACCUGGCUUCACUGAGACUUUCCCUCCUGGCACCCAGUGGAGCCUCCAACGGCCAGUCUACGGUCUCCGCCAGGCACCGCGCGAGUGGCACGACACACUGAGGACUACACUUGCGGCUCUUGGGUUUGCUCCCUCUACUGCUGACCCGUCGCUGUUUCUACGCACCGACACCUCUUUGCCGCUGUUCUACAUCCUCGUGUACGUCGACGACUUGGUCUUUGCCACUGCUAACACUGCUGGACUCGCCCACGUGAAGUUGGAGCUGCAGAAGAGACACACGUGCACAGACCUGGGUGAACUGCGCAGCUACCUUGGCUUGCAGAUCACCCGGGACAGAGCACGCCGCACCAUUACCCUGACUCAGUCACACAUGGUGCAGCAGGUCCUUCAGCGCUUCGGCUUCACGUACUCCUCGCCUCAGGCCACUCCUCUACCUACUCGCCACUCGCUCUCAGCUCUGCCUUCGGAUGAGUCCGUAGAGUCGAGUGGCCCGUACCCAGAGCUUGUUGGCUGCCUCAUGUACCUGAUGACGUGCACACGACCUGACCUUGCAUACCCUCUUAGCAUUCUUGCACGCUAUGUUGCUCCUGGGAGACACAGACCAGAGCACAUGGCUGCAGCGAAGAGGGUGUUGCGCUACUUGUGCAGUACGUCGGGCAUGGGGCUAGUGCUUGGAGGGCAGAGUCCAGUGGUCCUCACAGGGCACGCGGACGCUUCUUGGGCUGAUGACCAGGCUACGCAGCGGUCGUCACAGGGCUACAUCUUCAGCCUUGGUUCCGGCUCUGUUUCGUGGCGGGCUACUCGCUCGUCCUCUGUUCUCGGCUCCAGUUGUGAGGCCGAGAUCUACGCUGGGGCCAUGGCUGCAUAG